ACUCUCACUUACUAGACUUGAUCAAGAAUACCAAAAAACCAAAUUAAACAACAUAUUACUUUCAAAACAAUGUCGGGUGUGUGGCUAUUUCAGAACGGAGUGAUGAGGUUGGAGAAUCCUGAAGAACGACAACCAAGUGAGGAUAGGAGAAAGAGAUCAUCAACAAUGUCGUGCAACAAGACAGGGAAGAUGAAGGAAUUGUUGCACAUUCCGACUGGACAAGUGGUGAAGUCUUACUUAUUCCUCGAGCAGAUACUGAGUGGUCUCGGUUGGGAGAGGUAUUACGGCGGUGAUGGUGAUCUCAUUCAAUUCCACAAGUAUGAUUCCAUUGAUCUUAUAUCUCUUCCUAGAGACUUCUCGAGGUUCAACUCUAUAUACAUGUAUGACAUUGUUGUCAAGACUCCUAAUGUCUUUUAUGUUCGAGAUAACUAGUUAGUCGUACUUUUUCAUAUUUGUCAACCUAAAUUUGCUUGAAAUUUCACCAUCAAAUCUUC